AUGGCACUAAGUAACGCCACUGCUAUCAAUGCAACGAUGCGAGCGGUCGUAUGGGAAGGCAAUGCUUACAAUGUCAGCGUUGUUGAUCUGCCUAGGCCAACCAUCAUCAAUCAAACCGAUGCUGUUGUUCAGCUGUCCAGAGCAGCUAUAUGUGGAUCGGACUUACACAUCUAUCGUGGUACAAAUGUGGGCGAGCCUGCUCCAUUCGGCCUUGGUCAUGAGGGAGUGGGUUAUGUAUCUGAGAUCGGGUCUGGCGUUGGCUCGCUGAAAGUUGGUGACCCGGUGAUUGUUCCUUUCACCAUCGACGAGGGUCACUUGCACUCUGAUCUGACCUCGCACAUGUAUGCUUCAUACGGCAACGGAGGAGGUAUAGGCGGAACACAAGCUGAGUAUCUACGCGUCCCCUACGCGGACAAUGGUCUCAUCCCUGUCCCUUCUCUGGAAUACACGAACUCGACGACAAACGAGACCGUUUCACUGGCAAAUGACUAUCUUAUGAUGUCCGAUAUCUUCGCCACUGGCUGGGCUGCCCUCGACUUCGCUGGAUUCAACCCAGGCGACACUGUGGCUGUUUUUGGAGCCGGACCGGUUGGCUUAAUGGCUGCAUACUCAGCGAUGCUUCGAGGUGCUUCCACUGUGUACAGCGUGGACUAUGUACCCGAUCGGCUGCAACUAGCCAAAUCGAUUGGAGCCGUCCCAAUCAACUUUCUCGAUUCCGAUCCAGUGACGCAGAUUUUGGCCCUCGAACCGAAUGGGGUUGCUCGAAGUGUUGACGCAGUUGGGUACGAGCAAGUGAACACAAACCUCACAGUCCAGUCGGACGUCAUUAUUCGCAACAUGUUGGCUGUGACAUCCCCGGGUGGUGGCAUGGGCACCGUUGGAGUUUAUGGCGCAGAAUCCAAUAAUACGGCGUCGGCGCCGCGUGCUUCUACCGUCAACACACACUUCAAUUUCUCACUUACGGAUUUCUUUUUUGGAGAAUUUAAAUGGGCAGCUGGGCCUUCGAAGCCGAUUGAGCUCGCGCCGGAAUUGUUGCAUCUUGUUUCUUCAGGCAAGGCUAAACCGGGGUUUAUUGUCAGCGAUGUCAUUAAUAUUGAGGAUGCACCGGAGGCCUAUGCCAGAUUUGAGAGACAUGAUACCACGAAGGUCGUGAUUGAUUUUGGUCUGUAA